GCCGCCGUACUCAGUACAUCUUCCCCCGUGUUACGUAAUGAACCCGGAAGUGCUUUGUUUUCGGUCCGUGGUGUCGGAAUGGAGCUGGAGGAAGGCUCGGGGCAGUGGCGGCCGUUAGACGGAGAUACCGGUCCGGCCAGUAGGGGGAGCCCCGGAGACAGCGGCCAUGUAUCGCAGAGCCACAGCGUCUGCAGCGGCGCCUCGGCCGGCCUCCUGACAGAAGAUGAGGAGGAACCGGGGAGGCAAUGCACUCCUCCCGCCCUACUGGACCACCUCCUGCCGGCUGCGGCUUCCAGCUACUCCGGCUACGUACUCCAGGGAGAGCAAACGGCCGAGGUGAGGACCGAGUGGGCGGGGCUUCUCUUGUCACGUGCGGCAGGGAAUGCAGUCCGGGAUUAGGCUGUGGGCGGGGCGAUAUGUAUGAUGUGUCUGACCGAGUUACCAUGGAAACCGUGCACUGCCUGCACAGGGAGCUCCAUAUUGAUGGUGUGUCUGUGUGUGUAACAGAGCUCCAUAUUGUUGGUGUGUCUGUGUGUGUAACAGAGCUCCAUAUUGUUGGUGUGUCUGUGUGUGUAACAGAGCUCCAUAUUGUUGGUGUGUCUGUGUGUGUAACAGAGCUCCAUAUUGAUGGUGUGUCUGUGUAUAGAAGAGCUCCAUAUUGUUGGUGUGUCUGUGUGUGUAGCAGAGCUCCAUAUUGUUGGUGUGUCUGUGUGUGUAACAGAGCUCCAUAUUGAUGGUGUGUCUGUGUAUAGCAGAGCUCCAUAUUGUUAGUGUGUCUGUGUGUGUGUAACAGAGCUCCAUAUUGAUGGUGUGUCUGUGUGUAACAGAGCUCCAUAUUGAUGGUGUGUCUGUGUGUGUAACAGAGCUCCAUAUUGAUGGUGUGUCUGUGUAUAGCAGAGCUCCAUAUUGUUGGUGUGUCUGUGUAUAGCAGAGCUCCAUAUUGUUGGUGUGUCUGUGUGUGUAGCAGAGCUCCAUAUUGUUGGUGUGUCUGUGUGUGUAACAGAGCUCCAUAUUGAUGGUGUGUCUGUGUAUAGCAGAGCUCCAUAUUGUUAGUGUGUCUGUGUGUGUGUAACAGAGCUCCAUAUUGAUGGUGUGUCUGUGUGUAACAGAGUUCCACAGCAAUAAUCAUCACUGUAAUGUCUUUUAACUACAAUAAAUAUGUUUAAAAUCAGUCUGUGUGAAGAAGAUACACUGUUCUAGUUCUAAAUUACAUUUUAGUCCCAUUAAUUAUUAAUCCCCUAAAAUUGAAGCCUUCUUGUUUGUCUUUUUGAAAUGUUGAGAGGUAUGCUACUCUGUCACUUAUUGCAUUUUGCUAAAAAAAAAACAAACAUGUCAUUAUUUCUCUGCUCACAUGCAGGACUGCGGUAAAUAUAUAUUCUUCCCACAUCCUAGUCUAAACCCUUAAAUGGACAUUAUAGUCACCAAGCCGUUUUGGUGUGUAGGUCAUGCCUCUGCAGUCUUAAUUGGGAAAUAUAUGACAUUUAGGAGUUAAAUUGCUUUAUGCGGCCCUAAUCACACCUCCCUGCAUGUGACUUACACAGCCUUCCUAAACACUUCCUGUAAAGAGUCAUCUAAUGUUUACACUUUAUUGCAAAUUCUGUUUAAUUUAGUAUUUCUAAUCUGUUGCUCUGUUAAUAGCUUGCUAGACCCUGCAAGAGCCUCCUGUGUGUAAUAAAAGUUCAAUUUACAGGGGGGCGGAGCUUAGCGCCUGAGCCGAACAGACGCAUCUCAUCAGUGCUUCGGGCACUAACCCCAAACCCGGCCCUCUGCAUACUAUGGAAGGGGUGAGCUACAGACACAUGCCUUUCUUGUACCUUUCUUGUACCCAAAAUCGAACAAGAAGGCUCGCCGCAAAUCUGGGGCCUACCUAGGUGGGACCUUGAGGCAGAGUUAGCAAAGCUAUAUAGCCCCUCCUCUCUCAGCUGCACGCUAACCCUCCAUGGGACGCAGAUCCCAGAAACCUCUGUUCGGCCCCAGCAAAGACUCACAAGACAAGGAACUCGAGGUACAAAGGUUAAAAGACCAAAUGCAAAGCUUACAACACUCACAUACUUCCCUGACACAGAGGGUAGAUAUCACUGAAGACCUCAAUAGAUGUGCCAAUAUCAAAUUCCGAGGUGUCCCAGAUUCAAUAAACCGGGCAGAACUGCCACACUACUUAAGGCGACUGACAGAAUCACGCCUGCCUUACUCGCAGGCUAAAAAACUCCAGUUCGACGGCUGCUACAGAAUCAAUAAAUCCAGACCGGUCCCAUCCGAUGCCACCCACGACAUAAUUGUGCGAUGCCAUUCCAUGUCGGACAGGAACCGCUUCCUGGCAGCAGUGGGGGCAAAAUUCCCUUGACAUUUUUUUUCAGGAUCCAACCAUAAAUCCCCUACAAUGGCAGAAGUCCCUAGGUGCAGUUACAGGUUGACUAAGAGAACCCAGAGUGGAAUAUUGAUGGAGUCUACCGAGAGCCCUUAUGGCUACAACAGCGGAUGGCAGAAUACUAAGACUCACCUCCAUAACUGAUGCCGCAGCGUUUUUUCAAACACUGGGACUAAGCCCACAUCCGGUUGAGCCCAAUACCUCCUCCACCACCAAGUCCUGGGAUCCAGCACGAACAAAGUCCCUCACGCCUGGAGGGAGAGAAGCCGGGCGCAGCGACUUGACCACGCUGUUUUUGUUUACUUUAUUUCUGUUCAGCAUUACUACCGUUGAUUUAAUUUAAUCUUUUUCCUUAUGCCUCAACACUCAGUAGAGUACCAUAAGGCCUACCUAAGCCUAAUCUAUUCCCACAGUUAAUGCCCCAAUAUGGCCCAUAGCAACCACUAUAGUGCCCAAACUCACGAGACAGUUCGCUAUUCCCCCUCCUUCUCCCGCUACCUCCCCCCACCCCAUAACCCCCUUAGGUUAGGGUUCAUCCACCAGUUAAAACUAUUGGUACCAAUAUAGCCAACGAUGGUGUCACUUAUAAUCAUGCCCGACUAACCUACCUGAAAAUAAGACACGCUAUAAGCAGGAUGGUCUGGUGUUAGCUUAACCCGUUAAAACAGAUGGCACCACCCACCUACGAGGAACUUACAUCUAACAAUCACCAAUCAUACUGCACAACCCCAACUGACAUGCACAAAAAAAAAGUAAAAGAGGCAUGCUAAAGUUGAAUGUUUACAAUUGUUAAAGGGACAUUAUAGUCACCAGAACAACUACAGUUUAUUGAAUUUGUUCAGGCUUUUUGCUGUAAACACUGUCUUUUCAGAGAAAAUGCAUUGUUUACAUUACAGCCUAGUGAUAACUUCACUGGCCUUCCUUAGAUGGCUGUUAGAGAUCCUUCCUGGGUCAUGGCUGCCAAACAUUCAGUGUCUCCUCCCUCUGCAUGCAGAAACUGAACUUUCCUCAUAGAUAUUCAUUGAUUCAAUUCAUCUCUAUGAGGAGAUGCUGAUUGGCCAGGGCUGUGUUUGAAUCAUGCUGGCUGUGCCCCUGAUCUGCCUCUUUGUCAGUCUCAGGCAAUCCUAUGGGGAAGCAUUGUGAUUGGAUCAGGCUUCCACUUCUGAUGAUGUCAGCAGACAGCUUGUUUUUCUGAGUCUAACAGCAUGCAGUUACAGCUUCAGUCUUGAAUACAGUAAGGUUUUUACUAUAUUUAUGGAGGCAUGAGUGGCGCAGGGGGACUCGAUGGUGGUUUUAACACUAUAGGGUCAGGAAUACAGGUUUGUGUUCCUGACCCUAUAGUGAUCCUUUAAGGUUAUACUUCUAUGUUCAAUCUCAACUUACAUUGUGAAUCCUAUAUGUUUGUAAACUUGCCUCCAUAAAACAAAGAUUGACCAAAAAAAAAAAAAGGGUUCAAUUUACAGAGCAGGAGGUAACAAUCUUUAACCCCUUAAGGACCGUUCUGUUUUGGCCAUGUUGUACCUGUUUUAACACUUCUGUGCUGUUUGUAUUUAGCGGUAAUUUUCCUCUCGUAUUAUUGUUCCCAUACAAAUGUAUAUAUUUGUUUGGUUUUUUUUGGACAACAAGGGCUUUCUUUAAAUACCAUUAUUUGUAUCGUGUCAUAUAAUUUACUUUAAAAAAAAAAAAAAAAAAUAUGGGGAAAGUUGAAAAAAACAAAACAUGUUUUCUGACUUUUACUUGAAAAAUCUUUUACUAAAAAAGCUAAUGAAAAAAACGGUUAAAUAGAUUGAAGAUUUUGUCCCGAGUUUAAAAACACCCAGUGUGUAUAAAUACAAGUAGGACAUUACAUGAAUAUGCAUAUAGAAUUUAAAUAUUUAUAUAUUUGAAGUCUAUGCGUAUAUUUAUGAAAUUAUGUAUAUGGACAUAUGUAUAUUUUGUAUUUUUAUAUAUACAUUUUAAGUGUAUGUUUAUAUAAAUAUAUAUAUUAAUAUCAAAAUAAAGUUAGAAUAAAUUACACGUGUGUGUGUAAUUUAAUUAUAAGUGUAUUUUUAUAUAAAUAUAUUAAUAUAAAAACACACUUAGUAUGAUAAGAUGUGUUUGUAUAUGUAUGUAUAUGUGUGUGUGUAUAUAUAUGUAUGUAUAUAUGUAUGUGUAUAUAUUCUAAAAAAAUUUAUUUAACAGAUGCAGGGAGACUGCCUGUCAGUUCAGACAGUCCCCCUGCAGGCAGAUGCCUGGACGCCUAUUGCGGCCAUGUGACUGCUCAGUUAGAGCGACCACAUGGCCCGCAGGGGCCUAAUUUGCAGAGGGGGGACUGUCUGGGCUAUCAGGCAGUCCCCCCAGACUGGGAGCAGUGCAGAUCGCUGGCGGGGGAACGGCUGCGAUCAAGUAAGUAAUAAUUAACGUUAUGACGGUUCAGGACCGUCAUCAGUCCUCAAGGGGAUGUUUCUGAUGACCGUCCUGAAUCAUCAUCGGUCCUCAAGGGGUUAAAGUAAGUUACAUCUGAUUGAAAAUGAAACCAUUUUGAUUUCAUGCAGCCUGUGUCAGUCACAGCCAGGGAAGGUGUAGCUAGGGCUGCAUAAACGGAAAUAAAAGUGAUUUAACUCCUAAAUGGCGGAUAAUUGAGCAGUAAAACGUCACAGGUUUGAUUCAUAUACAAAAGCUGCUUCAUUAAGCUAAAGUUAUUUUGGUCCCUUUAACCCCUUAAGGACACAUGACGUGUGACAUGUCAUGAUUCCCUUUUAUUCCAGAAGUUUGGUCCUUAAGGGGUUAAGGCAACAGCAGCUGAAGUUGAAGCAUAACUAGAUUAGAGAAUUUUGUCAGAUCAGUUAAUUUUGCGUUAAAUUUGAAAUUUGCUCUGAAUUCUCACUUUGAUAAAUAACACUGUCAAUGUCACAACUUAACAAUAUUAACUAAUGAUUUUUUUGUAUGGUAUGAAACUCACUGCUUAACUCCACAUCAAUGCGAGAAAUUCAGAUUUUCAUUCACAUAUGCAUUGCAUUUAUUAUUAUUUUUUAACAGUGGGUUGAAGUUAUUUUCUAUUCUUGAUUAAUUUUAAGCAAUAAUUACUGACUUUGUUGCAUUUAUGUAUUAUAUUCAAUUUCUUUAGAUUGAAACUUUGGAAAAAUGCUUGGAAGAUCUGCUAAUCCGAGUCGACGAGUUUGUUGGGAUGUUGGAUAUGGUAAAUAUAUAUAUUUUUUUAAGUAAAAAGAAGUUAAACCAUAUUCUUAAAGGAACACUGUAUUUUUUAGGAAUACAAAGCUGAAUUCCUAACACUAUAUUGUCCCUCUCGUGCACGCAUUAGGCCUUCCCCAUAGGAAAUAAUUAAUUUAAUGCUUUCCUAUGGAGGUUUUCAAAACGUGGAAUGUCCUCAUGCAAAGUCAAACUCUAUGAAAUUGUAGGAAGUCUAGCUUUCUGGUAGACAGUCACUAGAGGUCUUACCAAUGCAAUGUAAACAUUGCAGUUUCUCUAGAAAUGCAAUGUUUUGCAUUGCGGGGUUAAGGGAACAGGGACAGUGUACCCAGACCACUUCAAUGAGAUUAAGUGGUCUGGGUGCCUAUAGUGUCCCUUUAAGAGAUUCUCAAUAAUAAAUUACAUAAAGGGAAGACUGUGGGCACCAUAACCAUUUCAAGAAUUUGAAAUGGUUAUGGUUCCUGGAGUCCAUAGGUGCCAGAUCCCACAUCACUACUAAACGGUAAGCUCACCAUUUAUUAGAUAUUCUCAGUCCUUUGUACAAUAUUGAUCUUUGGUAUUUUCUGUUGUUCACCCUCAAUUGACUAGAUAGCUCUGGUACUUGCAGAAUGUGUUAUUCAAGUGGUUGACAUGUUUAUUGUUUUUGCAAUUUACAUGAAAACAUUUAUGCAAAAAAACAACACAAGACAUAGUUAUAAAAUGCUAUAAUAUGAUGUAUAAGCAUUUUCCUUGAUGGAACCACUUUACGUUUUGUAUGUGAUGUUUUGGUCCAGGAUAUUUACUUAUUUUAAUAAUAAUUUGAAGUAUGAAUUUGUAAUGUUUUAUUUUAAGUUUAUUUUAUUUUUAUUUUUUUUACAGAUUAGAAAUGACACAUCUCAAGUGAUGAAUGAAAAAGUGCCUCAAAUUUAUGCCAAAGCCACAGAAAUGAGAGCAUUGUAUCAUAAAAUCGAUAUGCUUGAGGUAUGUAAAUCAGCACUUGUUUAUUAAUCUUGACUACAUUUUAAACUUCUUUAAUUGUUAAUUUGAUUUUUGACUGUAUAGUUGACAGCUCCACACCAAUUCUCCGUUAACCAGUCCUCAAGACUCACCGAUGUUCUGCAAUUUAUGGACUGCUCAUUUUUAUGCCAUUGGAAAUAUCAAUAAAAACCUUGAUGGUUCGUAGGUCCUUGGAGACUGUGAGAAAAACAGCUGUACAGCAAGAUUGUGAAGCAGGGACUUUUUGAUAUGCUAACAUGACAUAAAACUAUUUAUCUUAAGAUAUAUAAAUAUGUUUUUAUUUAUUUUAUUAGUAUUAUUAUUUAGUUUGAUUACAUGUUAUCCUGCUUGCAGUUUUUAAAAUAAAGUGCUGGAACUCAAUUGAAGGUGUUUAGUAUAUACUUGAGAGAUAAUUUCACGCUCUCUCUCUCUCUAUUUAUAUCCACCUCUAAUAAAGAAAGAUACUCUGAGUGCAUUUAUUGAAAAACUAACUAAUCAAAAAGAAAACAACUCUAAUUAUUGGACCAAUAGCAUUUUUUAAGUACUUCUCCAUAACUAUGCACAUUUUUAGGGACAUUUACAUUGUCUUCUUUUCUGUACCUGUAGGGAAAUAUUUGCAUAAACCUUCAGCAUCCUUAAUAUAUGUUUCAAUACAUUUUCCCACAUUCGCAAAAUCACAGUAAACACUUGCUGACCCCUCUAGUGGUCUGCCAACUUAAAGGACCACUAUAGGCACCCAGACCACUUCAGCUUAAUGAAGUGGUCUGGGUGCCAGGUCCAGCUAGGGUUAACCCAUUGUUUUAUAAACAUAGCAGUUUCAGAGAAACUGCUAUGUUUAUCAAUGGGUUAAGCCUUCCCCCAAAGCCUCUAGCGGCUGUCUCAUUGACAGCCGCUAGAGGCGUUUGCGUGAUUCUCACUGUGAUUUUCACAGUGAGAGCACGCCAGCGUCCAUAGGAAAGCAUUGAUAAUGCUUUCCUAUGCGACCGGAUGAAUGCCCGCGCAGCACUUGCCGCGCGUGCGCAUUCAGCCAACGAGGCGGAGAGGAGGACCAGAGGAGGAGAGCUCCUCGCCCAGUGCUGGAAAAAGGUACGUUUUUACCCCUUUUCAGAGCCGGGCGGGAGGGGGUCCCUGAGGGUGGGGGCACCCUCAGGGCACUAUAGUGCCAGGAAAAUGAGUAUGUUUUCCUGGCACUAUAGUGGUCCUUUAAUUCUGGUCUCUUAAUACCCUAAACAGUAUUACUAACACAGCAAAGAGAGAUCUGUCCCCAGGCCAAGGGUUGAUUUACCUAAAUGGAUUUUUACCAUGAACUGAAAACAUUCUCAAGGUUUUUGCAUUAAAAAAGAUAAUUUGUCCAAUUUACUUAUAAACAGGCCUUUGUCAGAAAGGUGGGAGGUAACGUUGCUGUGAUGGAAGAUCAGGUUACUCAUGCAGAAACACAGCUUGGAACAUUUCCUAAUCCAUUCAAGAAAAUAUUCAAGAACAUCAGCACAUCUCCUCUCUUUUCCCCAACUGUAAGUGCCUGUGCCAAACACAAGUGCAAUAUCAGCAUUGUUUUCUGUCUGUCUGUAGAAGUUCCGCUUACAAGCUUUUACAACUUGUAUUGUGGUAUUUUAUGACAAUACUGAAUACUUGCUUCAUCCUGUGCAGACAGAGAUGGGAGUAGCUAUGGCAAGAACCAUGUUGUGUUUUGUUUUUCAGGAUGUUAGAAAAGAUGGAACUAAACAUAAUUUCCCCAUGCCGCUGGAUGGCAAAUUAAUGCAUGCAUAGGUCUAAAACAUUGGGCUUUAUUUAGUAAAUUACAGAAUUGUAGUAAACCGAAUGCCAAAUUACAAAACUCCGACUACAAUAGCCAAUCUCUGAUUAUAUCUGGAGUUGGAGAAUGCUUUUCAAAACUACAGUUUGUAUCUAUAUUGUCAGUAUGAUAUUAAUUUCCCCACAAUUUCAUGUUUAGUGAAUAAAUUCUGUUACUAGAAGUCCUGAGUGUACAGUAUAACAUUUCAUAUUGUUGUUGAAUGUCAAAUUCUGUUUCCAUAAAAUAUUUUAAUGUUUUAAGGCAAACAUUUUGUUCUUUCUUUCCAACAAGAAACCAUCAUCCUCUCCAAGAGCACAACAAGCGCGAUAUGAGUCACCACCAGUAUUCAAGACUGAGGACCACUUCCCAUGCAGCAGCUGACCAUACUGUUAUAAUGUUCUGUAAACCGAUCUAUAGUCUACAAAAUGAACACCACCUGGAUCCCACCUGGACUUUAAUAUUGCGGGAUAUCCUUGUUUAGACACUACUUAGGUAUACGUCUUCCUGCAGGCCUUAUGGAAGAAUGCCUGCCAUAUAUGCAAAUAUUUACUAUACAGGGUUUGGUUUUGAAUGGCAAUAAUGUUUCCUACAUCUGACAGUUUUUUUUGCAGAUGAUGUGAGGCAGAUUGAUAUGGUUCUGUUGCAUUGUUUAUAUUAAAUUCAAAAUUAUAUUAUUUUGAUAAUGAGUAGUUCCACGUUUUUUGCUCUAUGUAUUUACCUGAGUAAAUUGUAACUGCGUUUUCUAAAAUUAUUCUUCGUUUACAAGAAGUCAAUAAAGCAUAUUGUACUAUUAAACCAUGACUGUGACACCAUGAUGAAAGGUGCCAAAACCUACUCUUUGUCACUAUUCUGGCCACUCUCUUUGACUAAUGCAGUGAUGAUCCACAUCAGUGCUGGUAGGUUGUCUCUUUCUGAGAGCCAUUGACUUGAAUAUGUGUACAGUGAUAUAACGGUCAUAAUAAUAUUACUCCACCACAGUUGUGGGUGUUAAUAAAAAUAUAAUUGGACAUGUUGCAUAUCAAGAAAUUCAGUUGGGAUGUAGAAGGAAAAUAAACAUAAUGCC